AUGGGAUCCUCUGUUUUUCACACCUUGAGUUCUGAAUUUUCCUCUAAGUCAUCCUUUGGAUCAUCACAAGAAUCUUGUACAUGGGAUUUGCAAAAUUCACUUCCUUUCAAUGAAAAUGACUCUGAAGAAAUGCUUCUGUUUGGCGUUCUAGCACAAGCUGCUGAUAAGGAAAUUUCAGAAUCCAAUUCCUCAGAUAAAAUGAAGGAAGACGAAGUAAAUUCAACACCAGAAGGGGAGGAAAAACCGGUAAAAGAAAAGUCGUACCGAGGCGUAAGGAGGAGGUCGUGGGGCAAAUUUGCAGCAGAGAUAAGGGAUUCCACAAGAAAGGGCAUAAGGGUUUGGCUAGGAACAUUUGACACAGCAGAAGCAGCAGCUUUAGCUUAUGAUCAAGCUGCUUUUUCAAUGCGCGGCGAGGCUGCAAUUCUCAACUUUCCGGUGGAGAGAGUGCUCGACUCGCUGCGUGAAAUGAGGCGUUCCACGGUGGAAGAGGAGGAUGGGGGCUCGCCCGUUAUGGCACUGAAGAGGAGACACUCCAUGAGGAGAAGAAAGAAGUGCAAACGAAUGGAAGUUAAGGUGGAAAAUCUAGUAGUUUUUGAGGACUUAGGUGCAGAGUAUUUGGAACAUCUUUUGAGUACAAGUUAG